GGCCUAAUAAUUAGAUCUACCUUCAGGUAACAAAGAGCUCUGUCACUAUUACAAACAAAUUUGUGGCUGUUUUUUUACCCAGGAUUUUGGAGUCUAGAUCUAGAUAGAAAUCUAGAAUUUAGCAUCAUUUAAAAUGUUUAUCCGCAAGUCAAAAAACUUAAAUAGCUGGCAAAAGUAUACUCUUAUUCUGCCUACAGUUUCAGUGGGAAAUGUAGGUCAGCUGUCGGCUGAUCUUAUUGUGUCUACACUGUCUAUGGAGCGUGUAGGUUAUAUUUUACACCCUAGUCUACUACCCUGUGUUGGCAACAAUCCUUACGCCCCAGAAAACUCUACAUCAUGCCAGAUAACAACCUGCUGUGAAGUUUAUGAAAGUGAAGAAUCAAGGCUGGUAGUUGUACAACAGAGAGCCCCAUUCAUAAAGGGUAGAAGAAAAGAAUAUGUGGAGUGGCUGACCAACUGGAUCAAAGAGCAACAGUUCCAUCAAGUUGUCAUCCUGACCAGUAGUUUUGCUCAUGAGAGAUUAGACCACCAGUUGACAGGUUCUCCCUUCCGAAUACUCCAGUCCCCUAAGACAGAAGAGCGCUGUGGGGCGUUGUUAAAGAGUGACCUAGGCUGGAAAGAACUUGAGCUCAGACACUCGUUUCCUGCUCCCAGCUCCAAUCAACGUGACUCUAGUGACGGGGAUACAAAACUUUUAUACAUGCCUGGCUCAGGGAUCUCUAAACAUCUGUUUGAGAGCUGUCAGGAAUUGCCUGUAUUAGUGUUGUUGAUGUUUGUUUCUGAGGGGGACAAUGCACAAGAUGCUAUAAACAUGACAGACCAUCUGAACAAAUGGCUGGGAUUUGUUAAGAGUGAGAAAAAAGAUCAACUAUGGAAUGUGCCAACAUCUUGGAGUCUUGUCUUUGGAAGCACCUUUGACCCAAAACUGUUCCAAUGAUUUGUUGUUGCUAUUGUUUUUUAUUUUUUGAAAUGAUUAAAAUAUGAACAAUAUUGUUGAUGCAAUA